AUGCCGGCCGCCCGCGCCGACUACCUGGCGCCCUGGUGGGCGGCCUGGCUGCACGGGCUGCCGCACCGCGGCCUGCGCCUCCAGCCCGUGCCCGCCGCCUUCCGCCCGCGGGACCCCGACUACCAGCAGUCGCUGCUUUUCCUGGGCUUGGUGGCUGCCGUCUGCCUCGGCCUCAACCUCCUCUUCCUCACCGUCUACCUGAUCUGCCUGUGUUGCCGCAAGCGGGAUGCGGAGCCGGGGAGCAAGCGGCGCAACUCCUGCUGCGUCACCUGGACGGCCGUCGCCGCCGGGCUCAUCUGCUGCGUGGCCGUCGGCGCCGGCUUCUACGGGAACAGCGAGACCAACGACGGCGUGUACCAGCUGCUCUACGCCCUGGACAACGCCAACCGUACCCUGGCCGGCAUCGACUCCCUGGUCGCCGGCACCACGCUGCAGAUGGGAACGGGCCUGGAGCAGCACCUGGCGCGGCUGGAAGAGCUCUUGGCCGCGCGGAGCGACUACGUGCAGAGCCUCAAGUUCGUGCGGCAGCUGGCCGGCAACGUGGCGCUGGAGCUGGCGGGGCUGCCCGCGCGGCGGGAGCUCAGCGCCGACCUGACCGCACUCGCCGGGCGCGUGGGCUACGCGGAGUACUACCGGUGGCUGGCCUAUCUGCUCUUCUUCAUCCUCGUCCUCGCCGUCUGUCUCCUGGCCUGCCUGGGGCUGGCCAAGCGCUCCCGGUGCCUCCUCGCCACGAUGCUCUGCUGCACGCUCGUGACGCUCGUGCUCAGCUGGGCCUCCAUGGCCGUGGACACGGCGGCAGCGGUGGGCACCAGCGACUUCUGCGUGGCCCCGGACAAGUUCGUGGCGAACCUGACGGAGAGCGACAUCAGCGCGGAGGUGCUUCGUUACUACCUGUACUGCGACCAGAGCUGGAGCAACCCCUUCCAGCAGGCACUGACCGUCUUCCAGCGCUCGCUCACCACCAUGCAGAUCCAGAUCCAGGGCCUGCUGCAGUUCGCGCUGCCCCUCUUCCCAACGGCCGAGAAAGACCUGCUGGGGGUCCAGCAGCUCCUCAACGCCUCGGAGAGCAGCCUGCACCAGCUCACCGCCCUGCUCGACUGCCGGGGCUUGCACAAGGACUACCUGGACGCCCUCAUCGGCAUCUGCUACGACGGGCUCGAGGGCUUGCUCUACCUCAGCCUCUUCUCCCUGCUGGUGGCCGCCUCCUUCUCCACCAUCAUCUGCGCCACGCCGCGCGCCUGGACGCGCUCGGCUCGCCGGGACCGGGACUACGACGACAUGGACGAGGAAGACCCCUUCAACCCGCAGGCGCGCCGCAUCGCCGCCCACAACCCGGCCCGCGGGCAGCUCCGCAGCUUCUGCAGCUACAGCAGCAGCCUGGGCAGCCAGAGCAGCCUGCAGCCGCCCGCCCAGACCGUCUCCAACGCCCCCGUCUCCGAGUACAUGAACCAAGCCGCGCUCUUCGGCGGAAACCCGCGCUACGAGAACGUGCCCCUCAUCGGACGAGGCUCUCCUCCCCCUACGUACUCCCCGAGCAUGCGAGCCGCCUACCUCUCCGUCGCCGAUGAGCGCCUGCGGCACCGCGGCACCGACUUCCCGGCCUAGGGCGCUCGGCGUUUCUCUCGACGGGAACCAAAGACAGCGGGAAAACGGGCGGCAGCAGGUCUCCCGGCGGGAAGAGCGGGGGCCGGAGCCGACGGGAGCGGCGGCGCGCCGGCUGCUCCCCCACGUCCUCCUCUCCCCGGGCACCUCCUGCCCGCUCGAGUCUUCCUCUCCUCUCCGGAGCGCGCCCGGGCCGGGUGCCCCCCUCCCGCCCCGGGGCGGCGGCGACGCCGGGACGCUCGGCGUGUCCGUCCCGCGCGCCGUCCGCCCGUGUUAGGCGUGAGCAGCCGUUGGAAACCUCCUGGAGAGUCGAUCUGGGGUUUUUGUUUGUUUGUUUGUUUGCUUUUAAUGUUUUAAUGGUACUGGUAGAAGAGCUGUUUUCAAACGCAUGUGAACUAACCUCGUUAGGCCGCGGCGGGGUCCGGCCUGAUCCCCGCGUGCCUCAGCGGAGGCGGCAAUAAACUCCUGGACUAAACUUA